AUGUUCUCCAGUGUCUUCUCCCCUGUUCCUGAGGGUGAAUAUGAGAACAUGGGAUCAGAGGGCGCAGGGCCCCGGGGGGCUGGGACGGCGCGGCGCCGUGGAGCCGGGGGGCCGCUGCCGCCGCUGCUGUCGCCGCUGCUGCUGCUGCUCUGGCUACUGCCCAGCCCCGGGGCGCCCGAGGAGCUGAACCCGCGCGGCCGCAACGUGUGCCGUGCGUCCGGCUCCCAGGAGCCCAUGUGCUGUGCCGGCUGGAAGCAGCAGGGGGACGAGUGUGGGAUCGCGGUGUGCGAAGGCAACUCCACGUGUUCGGAGAACGAGGUGUGCGUGCGGCCUGGCGAGUGCCGCUGCCGCCAUGGCUACUUCGGUGCCAACUGCGACACCAAGUGCCCGCGCCAGUUCUGGGGACCCGACUGCAAGGAGCUGUGCAUCUGCCACCCGCAUGGGCAGUGCGAGGAUGUGACCGGCCAGUGUACGUGUCACGCGCGGCGCUGGGGAGCACGCUGCGAGCACGCGUGCCAGUGCCAGCACGGCGCGUGCCACCCGCGGAGCGGCGCGUGCCGCUGCGAGCCGGGCUGGUGGGGCGCGCAGUGCUCCAGCGCGUGCUACUGCAGCACGUCGCGCUGCGACCCACAGACGGCGCGUGCUGUGCACGCAGGCUGUGAGCUGCAGCUGCACAUCAAAUACCCGACAGAGACCAACCAGCGCAAGGGUGUGAUGGGCGCGGGCGCGCUGCUCGCCAUGCUCCUGGGUCUGCUGCUCUCGCUACUCGGCUGUUGCUGCGCCUGCCGUGGCAAGGACCCCGCGCACAGGGAGCUCUCACUUGGGAGGAAGAAGCCGCCACAACGACUGUGCGGACGCUUCAGCCGCAUCAGCAUGAAGCUGCCCCGGAUCCCGCUCCGCAGGCAGAAGCUACCCAAGGUCGUAGUGGCCCAUCACGACCUGGAUAACACACUCAACUGCAGCUUCCUGGAGCCACCGUCGGGGCUGGAGCAGCCCUCACCAUCCUGGUCUUCCCGGGCCUCAUUCUCCUCCUUCGACACCACUGACGAAGGCCCUGUGUACUGCGUGCCCCACGAGGAGGCGGCAACCGAGAGCCGAGACCGGGAGGUCCCCACCGCCCCAGCGGAGGCGCAGGCGCCCGCCCCCGCGCCCGUGUUUACCCCGGCGCCGUCGGAGGAGGCUACGCCCCUUCCCCGCACGCCCACGGCUCCCGUGGUACUGCAGACCGGGGACCCCGGCCCCCACCGAGAACUUGCCCUAAUCCCACCCCAGGCUGGGCUGACGGCCUGA